AAUGUUGGGUGGUAUUUCAUUUGGCCUAUCAUCUUCCACAAAAUCAAGUCUUCUCCGCCUCUCUCUCUCUCCCGCGACAGAACAUGGCCAUUUCUAAUCUUUUCCUCUCUUCUCCACCUCCUCUUUUCACUUUAAGUAACAAACAAAUCUUCAAACUCGGCCACCAUACCAACAUAACCAAACCCAGAAGAAUUAGCUUCACUAUUGUUGCCAAAUCCCAAAACAACAAUAACAAUAACUCAGCUGACUAUCAAGAUCGGUUAAUCUCAGCUGUUUGUUACUUUUACCCUUUUUUUGAUGGCAUUCAAUAUGGGAAAUAUGUUUUAACCCAAUUUACUCCCAUUCGAGUUCUUGUACAACCACUUGUACCAGCUAUUAAAGUCUUCAAAAGCUUCCCCUUUAAUGGGUUUUUGGUCUUUUUAACUUUGUAUUUUGUUGUGGUUAGAAACAAUAAUUUUAGUAGAUAUGUUAGGUUUAAUACUAUGCAGGCUAUUGUGCUUGAUGUUUUAUUGAUUUUUCCUGACCUGUUUGAGAGAACUUUUAAUAGUAGAGAUGGAUUUGGGUCGGAUUUGAUGAUGAGUUUGGAUAGUACUGUGUUUUUGUUCCUUUUGAUUUGUUUGAUUUAUGGCUCUUCUUCCUGUUUGUUAGGUCAGGUGCCCAGAUUGCCCAUUGUUGCUGAAGCGGCUGAUAGACAGGUUCUGUAAAUGCCCAUUUGGGUUCUUUUUGUGAUUUUGUAAUCAUUUUUAACUUAUUGUUUGAUGGAAAUGUUAAAGAUUUUAGCUUUAUAUAUAACACCAUGCUGUUUCAGCUGUUGUUUUUA